AUGAAACUUACAAAGUAUUUACAUUUCCUUGUUUUUAUUGCAUUGACUUUGUUUAUGCAAAAUGCCUAUUCUGCAAGUUCAUGCGUUCCUCUUACUUCUACUUCAUGUUUGAUUGACCAAAGGUCAGAUUCUAUUGAAUGGAAGUUUAUUCCGACUGACCCUGGAAACAGUAAUAAUAAUGAAAUAUAUGUAAGACCUGCAAAUGAUAAUGGAUUUUGUCUUUCAAUCACUAACGGUGAAGUUCAAGUUUGUAAUUGCGAUGACACUAUCUCACAAAAAUGGAAAUUCAACAAUAACAAUUUAAUGAGUAGUGUAAAUAAUCAAUGUUUGGAUAUUAACUUAAAACUAACAAGUUGUCAAGUUAAUGACAAUAAUUUAAUAUCUUGGAAUUCUUAUUAUACUGUUUCAGAACUUCGUGUUGGUGAAUUUACAUCUAAAUAUCUUCCUUCCAUAUAUUCAUCUCAAUUUUCUCUUGAAAUUCCAUCAGGAUUCAAGUUUAUUAUUAAAGAUAAUAAUAAUAAAAAAACAACUUAUACUACUGACACUGCAAUAGUUAAUCCAAUUAUUAAUAUCGACUCAACAAUUUUAAUCACUAAUAUUGGAAUGGCUAAUUCACCAGAUUCCGAUGAGUCAGAGAGAUUAUAUGUUUGGGAAAUCUUAUUAAUGACAUUAUUAGCAUUGAUUGCUUUGAUUUUGAUUAUUGUUAUAAUAAGAUGUUUCGCUGUGAAAAGACGUCAAAAAAAACUUAAUGAAUUUAAAGAAAAAAUGGAUGAAUUUUCGGUAUCCAAACGAAUGAAAAAUCUUUUUCAUGAUAAUUCAAAUCCAACUCGUCAUAAAAAACGAUUAUCAAGACCUGAAAUUUCAUAUGGUUCAUCCGCUAAAGCAUUAAAACCACAUGAGAUUGAUGCCGAAUUAGGUACAAGAACAGUAGCAGCAUCUCCAAUGACAAAAGUACAAAACAAUGAUUCUCAACUUUAUUCAGGUCAAGAUUAUUUAAAAUGGAAAAAUGGUAAAAAUUUUGAAGAAAAAAUUAAAGAAACCGCAGCAAAGGAUGAUAGUGGUGAUUUUGACGGAUUUAAUAUUGUAAUCGCCAGUGGUGAACGAUCUUCGUCAAAAAGAGUUAGUAGAGGUAUACGACGAAGUGGGUCCGUUAUUAUGGGUGGAUUUGGUUAUGUAAAUAAAUCUAUGUACGGAAAUCCUCUUGAUUUUGAUCCAUUUGAUAAUAUUGUUGAGCAAAACGAAGAUAUUAACAACAGUGGAUUUGAUGAAUACGAAUACGAAAAUAUUGAAUAUCCAAGUGGUAACGAAGACAAUAACCAAAUUGUUAACAGAAUCAAUAACGAUGCAAUUACAUCAACUAAUAGUUUGAGAAGGUCUUAUACAUUACCUGCAGGGCAGGAAAAAUCAUGGAGUGAAAAAUGGGCUUAA